UUCAUCGUCGUCCCCAAAGUCACUAAAAAACCCUAGCUUUCAAACCCUCUUGUGAUCUCUAUUCUCUUCGCUCUUCGGUGGUAAUGGCGCGCACGAAGCAAACCGCGAGGAAAUCGACCGGAGGAAAGGCACCAAGGAAGCAGCUAGCUACAAAGGCAGCGAGGAAGUCAGCGCCGGCAACAGGCGGCGUGAAGAAACCCCAUAGGUUCAGGCCGGGAACUGUGGCGCUGAGGGAGAUCCGAAAGUACCAGAAGAGCACUGAGUUGCUAAUCCGGAAGCUGCCGUUCCAGAGGCUGGUGCGUGAGAUUGCGCAAGACUUCAAGACCGAUCUGAGGUUCCAAAGCUCGGCUGUGGCGGCGUUGCAAGAGGCGGCAGAGGCGUACCUUGUUGGGCUUUUCGAGGAUACUAAUCUGUGCGCCAUUCAUGCCAAACGGGUAACUAUCAUGCCCAAAGAUAUCCAGCUUGCUCGUCGGAUCCGCGGUGAGCGUGCUUAGGUUGUUGUUGAUCAGGCUGUCUGAUCUUUGUGUAGUCUCGAUGGAGUAGUGUUUGAUCUUUGUGUAUUUUGGUUUGCGCUUUUGUUUGUGUCUUGUGAAUGGUUCCUUACUGGUUUGUGAACCUUUUCUUUUAGUUAAUCCAUGUUAAAAGUGCUUUCUUGAAA